AGACGAGUAUUGGAACAAAUUCACAAGAUUAAAACAAUUAAGUGCAAUAUACGCAGGGAAGACAAUUCAAACUUCCGAAGUUAAAAAUUUUGAAAGAAAAUGUCGGGGGCUCAAGGAGCACAGCCAAAGGAAUCUCGAACACAAACAACGUACGAAUCAGUAACAAGAGAUGACAACAAGCCUCGAAUGGACAUUCAUUCUCGUGAAGAUGAAAAAGGGAUCCAAAUUGAUAAAGUUCAAGACAAGGUGGAUGAUGCCGCCGGCAAAGGUGGUCCGGUUUUCGGCGCCGGCAAAGAUGAGGACAAGAAACAGGAUUUGGGUGUUACCGGCACCGGGCAGUAAAACUAAUUACUAGUACUUUUUUUUUUUCCAAAACUCACUUUCAGCUUCUGUAUAAGUUAAGCUCUAUCUUUUAUCUAGUGUAAAUAUUAGGAGAGCUCUGUGCAUAUAUGGUUGCUAGCCCUUUUUUCAUCCUAAGAAUGUAGGCUGGCUUGUUCUGUACCUUAGUAGUUGUGGUUCUUUACGAAUAUACAUAUAUAUAUAUGGGGACACUUAAAGUUCGACA